UUUUCUCCACUACAUUUUUCUUCCAAUUUCUUGCUAAUGUAGCAACCCUUUUGAAUCCUCUACCAGAAUUCACAAUUGGUCUUUCCCUUAACAGAUUCUACCCAAAAAAGUCUGAAUUUUUUCUUACCAAUGAAUAGUUUCACCGCCGAAGAUCUGUCCACAAUCGGAGGAAUCGCCACCGUAUCGAUUCUCCAUUCAUUCAUUCCUACACACUGGCUUCCUUUUUCCAUCGUGGGUCGUGCUCAGAAAUGGACCCUUUCCAGAACCCUCUUUGUUACUGCAUUUGGAGCAAUUUUGCAUGUAAUAUCCACUUCACUGCUUGGUAUAACAGCAAUUACCAUGGCUAACACCAUUGCUGGUGAAGAAACAGUGCAUAAGCUUGCUUCACUUUUGCUCGUAUUUCUCGGUGGUAUGUAUAUUAUAUUGUUUCUUAUGGGAAAAGGUGGCCAUAGUCAUUCGCACAACCAACCCAUGGAGAAAAUGGCUGUAGCCGGGCUUAUUCUUGUUCCUGCAUUGUCUCCUUGUGCUACAACACUUCCAGUAUUUCUUGCUGUUGGAAAUUCAUCUUCCAUGAUGGUGCUCGCCAUCAUUGUGCUGCUACUCAGCACAAUUUCCGUGAUGACUUCACUAGUAGCAUUGUCAUUUUAUGGGGCCAGUCAGCUGAAGUUUCAUUGGGUGGAGCGGUACGACAAACUUCUUGUUGGUUCAGUACUGUGUUUAGUAGGAGUGUUAACCCUAAUGUUUCAUGAUCAUGAUCAUAAUCAUGGAGAAGUAGCUUCUGUUGGAGAGCACUUGCAUUGAAAGAUUAUAACCUUGUGAGAGUAUAUAAUAUCUUGUAAUUUGACACUUUUGAGGAUUGUCACGGUAUUGUUUCUAUUUUAUAUGAAACAAGAUGUUAUCUACAGAAAUGAUCAUCUUGGUGUAGUUAAAGUUGGAGUGAACUUAGUUUACCAUGUGAAGAUAAUGAUGUUGUUUAUUUUUUUUUCCUUGUGUUUUAUCUCUGAGAAAUGAUAUUUAAACAACCAUUUUACGACAA